AUGGAUUCCCACAAGGAUAUCAAACCAGUAGAAAAUGAGCCCUUUGUUUCUCCCUUGCAUGAGGUGUUGAGAGGCACGGCAGCAAUGCCCAUCAUAGGUUCAACAUUACACAACCAACCUAUUGUGCACACACCACAAGAACCUACCCAUACAUCGAUGAAUGGCAAUUUUAUCUACCCAUACCAAGCAGAGGAACCAACAUCGCUGCCAUCACUCUAUAAUCAUACAGCUGCUACCAGCGGAGACCCAAUCAUCUCCAGUCCAUUUCAUUCCAAGCUCCCAGCGAGCUCAUCUAGCAAUCAGAAUGCAUUCUUGUCAGAACGAGAUUUUCUGACAACGCCAGUAGGUGAUUACCUCAACUUUUCUGAUCCUAUGAGGAUUAAGUCUAUGGAUCCACCACCACUCACAUCCUUGCUCCAAGGUAAUCCUCUUGCGGUUCUCCAUGCACACUUUAAUACCAUCGAAGAGGUAGACCUUGGCCCAGUCUUUGAGCAACCUACACAAGUGCCAAGUGAACCACCGAUGCCGACGAGGGAAGUUGUUGGCGCUUAUAAUAAUAUUGUGCAGAGAAUGCCACACUCUACAUUGGAAAAUGAAAAAGGAGGGGUUGAAUAUGUGUGCAGGAUCUGCUCUGCAAAAUUUUUCUCAGGACAAGCAUAUGGUGGACACAUGAGCCACCACAGCAAAGUUAAGAAAAAGGAACAAGCUAAUUCCAUAUCUUAA